GGCAGAGCGGCGGACCUCGGGGGAAAAGCGAGGCGAGGGGCAGUUUGCCGCUUCUCCGUCCGUCCAUCCGCGUGGUUUCACGUCUUUCUCUCCCCCCUCCCCACUCUUUCUCCUCCUCCUCCUUCUGGAGCCGCCGCCUUCUUUCGCUGCUCCGCUUCCCAUCUUCUCGUUCAGCCAGCCAUGGAGGCAUUUCCAGUCGGGGACGAACUGGGCAGCACCCCGGAACCCACCAUUUUGCAGCCUGCCGGGACCGCUCCAGCGCCGGCUUAUCCUGCUCUCGAGUCGCAACAAGGCGAGCACCUGCGCGUCGGGGAGGACGUCCAGUUCAGCGAAGGGGUGGAAGACAGAGGUUUGCUAGAAAGCAGUACAAAAUUAAAACCUCAUGAAGCUCAAAACUAUAGAAAGAAAGCAUUGUGGGUUUCGUGGGCCUCCAUUAUUGUUACACUGGCUCUGGCUGUGGCUGCUUUCACUGUCUCUGUAAUGAGGUACAGUGCUUCAUCAUUUGGAUUUGCAUUUGAUGCCACUUUGGAUGUGUUGUCUUCAGUGAUAGUUCUGUGGCGUUACAGCAAUGCAGCAGCAGUUCAUUCGGCACACAGAGAAUAUAUAGCUUGUGUCAUCUUGGGCGUGAUAUUUCUUUUGUCCUCUUUAUGCAUAGUGAUCAAAGCCAUCCAUGACCUUGCAACUAAGUUGCUUCCAGAAGUG